GUAUUCAUUUCGCACCAUGCUGAAGUUCGUGAUCUUGUUGUCUGCCGUUGCCUGCGCCCUGGGUGGCACCAUCCCUGAGGGACUCCUGCCCCAGCUGGAUGGCCGUAUCGUCGGAGGUACCGCCACCACCAUCACCAGCUUCCCCUGGCAGAUCUCCCUGCAGCGCAGUGGCAGCCACUCCUGCGGUGGAUCCAUCUACUCCGCCAACGUGAUCGUGACCGCCGCUCACUGCCUGCAGUCCGUGUCCGCCUCCACCCUCCAGAUCCGCGCUGGUUCCAGCUACUGGAGCUCCGGCGGCACCGUCCUGAAGGUCGCCUCCUUCCGCAACCACGAGGGCUACAACGCCAACACCAUGGUCAACGACAUCGCCAUCAUCAAGCUGAGCGGCUCCCUGGGAUUCAGCUCCUCCAUCAAGUCCAUCGGUCUGGCUGGCUCCAACCCCGCCAACGGCGCUGCUGCCUCCGUCUCCGGAUGGGGCACCCAGUCCUCCGGCUCCAGCUCCAUCCCCUCCCAGCUGCAGUACGUCAACGUGAACAUCGUCAGCCAGUCCGUGUGCGCUUCCGGAGCCUACAGCUACGGUAGCCAGAUCAGGAGCUCCAUGAUCUGCGCCGCUUCCAGUGGUAAGGAUGCCUGCCAGGGUGACUCCGGUGGCCCUCUGGUCUCCGGUGGAGUCCUUGUCGGUGUUGUCUCCUGGGGAUACGGAUGCGCUCUUAGCAACUACCCCGGUGUCUACGCCAGCGUGGCUGACCUCCGCUCCUGGGUGAUCAACAACGCCUAAGCAUUUUGCGAAUAAAAUCAAUAAUGAACAGUA